AGCAUAUAAAUUCGCUGUAUUCACCCGAUUUCGACGAAUGCCGAUCAGUCGUCGAACAAUGGCGUUAACGGUUUUAUGUCUUCUCGGCCUUGUGGCCUUCUCUCAGGCUGGAGUUCUCCCGAAUUUUGACCCCAGAAUUGUGAACGGAGAAAAUGCUAAAUUAGGCGAGAUUCCAUAUCAGGUUUCUCUUCAAGAAAAAAAUUCCAACUUCCACUUCUGCGGCGGUUCAGUUUUGAAUGACAAUUAUGUUAUCACAGCAGCUCACUGCGUUGUCGGUCGAUCACCAUCGGCAUUGAAAGUCGUUGCGGCCAGUAUCAAUUUGCAAGAUCCACGAGCGACGCACGAAGUUGCGCAAGUCAUCACGCACGAGAACUACGACGCCAGUAAUUCCUGGAUCAACGACAUCGCUUUACUAAAGGUGAAAACUCCGUUCAAGAGGUCUGAAACUCUCGGACACGUUCCUCUGCCGCCAAAGGGCCACGUCGUCAAAGCUAAUGACGUAGCUGUUGUAUCGGGAUGGGGCAGACUCUGGCAAGGUGGACCGACUACCAAACAACUGCAGCGAGUUAACAUUGUGAUCGCUGAUCAGACUUACUGCCGAAGCAAAUAUGUUAAUCUUGGAUACUACGUUCACGACACGCAAGUUUGCGCGUACGAUCCGAGAGUUGAGAAGGGAUCCUGCCACGGUGACUCGGGUGGUCCGUUGACCGUUGGUGGCAAACUCGUUGGACUCGUAUCCUGGGCAAAUGGCUGUGCCAGCACCUCCUAUCCUACCGUCUACACUCGUGUCGUAUCUUAUCUCGACUGGAUUAAAGCUCACGCGGUCUAAACUUCUAACUAUGGCUACUACUCGUACUCUGUCCUUCGUUUUGUGUAAAUUAUCUAACGAUCGAUUUUGUUAAUCGAGAAGAGAGAAAACGAUUUGUUACAUAACGUACUAACGAUGUGACAUAGGGGUUGUACAUAACAGAUACCCUUAAGAACUUGUACACAUUUCUUUGUUUUUUUAAUGGAAUAAAUAUAUUUUACUUCUCAUCAUA